CAUCUCAAGUGCUCGGACGUGCGCGGCUACACAAAAACAUAUAUUACGAUCUCUCAAACGCCUCGGAUGUUAUGAGAGCCUAGUAGAAAAAAAAUUGUGACUCAAAGUAAUUUUAAUUUAGAGAGGUGAUAAGACGAGUGAGUUUAUUGCAGUUUAAAAAUAAUAACUUAGGAAAUACUUAAGCGCGCGCUUAAUAAACUCUUCGAAAUAAUGAUGCCUUAAAAUAGAAUUAGUUAGUGUAACUUAUGGCAUGACAUUUUUAAAAGCCAAAUGUUUGUAUGUCGUCUGUCAUGUAUGAUUAGUGAUUUGACAGACUGUGAAGUUAACUUCCGACAAUAAUACGUGUUGACUGAGCAAUGAUGAAGAGAAGAAAGGUGUGAAUUAAUUAGUGCAUUAAUAAAUCAUUUAUAAUGGCUCGGGAUUUAAAGAAAAUGAAAUGGCAUUCAUAUAUAUUGAAUGCAGUGUUGCUGUUUAUCUCAAUGAUUUACGAAGCCGGUGGCCUCCGUACCACGGAACUUCACAUAACACCACGUGUCGUUCAGCGCGGCAGAAACGUGACUAUGGCUUGCCUGUAUCAACUUCACGAAACUGAAAUAUACUCGGUUAAAUGGUACAAGGGCUCGCAUGAGUUCUACAGAUACUCGCCCUUAGAAUCGCCUACUACAAGGGUGUUGCCCGUAAAUGGAAUUAAAGUUGAUAGACUGAAUUCGAAUGAGAGUCACGUGGUAUUGGUUGGGGUUGGGCCCAACCUUAGCGGCAACUACAGUUGUGAAGUGAUACAAAACGCACACACAUUUCCUCACUACGUGGCCUACGCUAGACUUGAUGUUGUUGGUGUUGGUGGACUUCGAGCGACAGAUCUUCGUAUAUCGCCAUCUGUGGUGCAACGUGGCUCUGACGUCAUCCUGGCCUGUCUUUACGAGCUGACAGACGCGCCAUUGUACUCCGUCAAAUGGUACAGAGGAAGACACGAAUUCUACAGAUAUUCACCUACAGAAACACCAACUACAAAGAUCUUUCCGUUUGCUGGGAUUAAUGUAGAUCUCGCGCGGUCAAAUCAAAGCCAGGUGGUCCUCACGAGGGUUAGCUUCGGUCUGUCCGGCAACUUCAGCUGUGAGGUAACAGCUGAUGCACCAUCCUUCGCCACCUCCAUCGUCUCCAGCACCAUGGAUGUUGUAGUGCUACCACCAUCGGCGCCAACGAUACACUCCAGCCAACAUUACUACAUGCCUGGCGACGUGUUGCGAGCCAACUGCUCUUCAGGACCUAGCAGACCUCCGGCCGAACUCACUUUCUACAUCAAUGACAUACCUGUUACUCCUGGCCUCCACAACGCACAGCCUGCACCCGAGGGUCUCUUUUUCUCAGAACUCUUCGUCCAAGUCCACCUCUGGCCAGCUCACUAUGAAAGAGGAGCUCCCAUACUUCGCUGUGAGGCAAAAGUUGGGGAUCUGUACAGAGAUAAUGCUGCAGUAGCUUUGUACUCGGCGAACAGUGACCCUAAGAUUGAAAGAGUUACGUCACCGGGCUCAGGCGCCAGAAUGCAGUUGUGCCAAAUUUUACUGCUCCUACAUGUCAUCGUGUGGGUGAACGCAUAGAUUAUGUAACAUAGGUGUAAUAUAGAAAUACUCAACUCUGAUCGAAGGAUCUAGAACUUAAUUAUAAAUAAAUGAGCUAAAUUAUACCAAAGAAUGUAAAGACUAAGUAAGAUUGUUGAUUUAAUACAAAUUAUAUGUCUAA